ACCGAAAUCUCGCGAGAUGACGUGUAGCCGUUGGCUCAGGCUGUCCCCUCACAGGAGAGACUGUUUGCUCGGCACUUCUUGAUGGCUCGGAGACCAGCCGAGUGAAGCCCAGAGAGCAGCUAAGGUGAUGGCGCUGCUGUCUGUGAGUGUCGGACCCUUCUGGACCCGGGUCCGGUCGGUUCGGACGUGGAGCCGAGACUUCUCCACGAUUUCUGCUACUUUUCGCAACAACGGUCCACUCGCUUCGAAGCUGUCCCUGGUGCAAAGGCGAUGUGGAGGAUUAUAUCAACACAGUGUCCCAAUCGCUCGCUUCCUCAGCUCAAACAAACCACCAAAAGGUUUCGAAAAGUUUUUCCCAAAGAGUGAAGAAAGCACCGGUGUCAACAAAUCAGCUGAAGAUGAAAACACCAAAGAACAAGGAUCUCAUGUGACAGAAGAUCAGGCCAUGAAUGAUGACGGUGACGAAAGACAAAGAGGGGGGAAAAAAGAAGAGUCGCACUGGUGGACGCGCUUUCAGGAGGAUUUUCCCUGGGACGAAAGAGUUGUUCGAAACGUUGUGAUCGGCGCAGCAGGCAUGACCUCGGCUUUUUUGUACUUUUACUUCCGUGAGACGGGGGUCCAGAUCUCCUGGAAGGACUUUGUGCAUCUCUACUUGAACAGGGGCUUGGUGGAUCACCUGGAGGUCGUCAAUAAACAAUAUGUCAAAGUAAUUCCUGCUCAUGGAGUGAACUCAGAUGUGAGCUUUUUGUGGUUCAACAUCGGCAGUGUUGACUCAUUCGAGCAUAACCUGGAGAUGGCCCAGCAGGACAUGGGUCUGGACUCCACACAGCGAAUACCUGUAUUCUACACCAGUGAAAGCGACGGGACACUCCUUUUCACAAUCCUCCCAACCUUACUGCUGGUUGGAUUUUUACUUUUUGCCACACGGCAGGGACCAAUGGGCGGAGGUCGUGGAGGUAGGGGGCGAGGAAACCCCUUUAGCAUGAGUGAAACCAAAGCCAAGAUAGUAAGAGGCAACAUCGGUGUGCGAUUCAGGGACGUUGCAGGCUGUGAGGAGGCCAAAGUGGAGAUUUUGGAGUUUGUCAACUUCUUGAAGAAUCCGCGGCAGUACCAGGACCUGGGAGCCAAGAUCCCACAGGGUGCAGUGUUAUCUGGUCCUCCUGGAACUGGCAAGACGUUGCUUGCAAAGGCCACAGCCGGAGAGGCCAAUGUCCCCUUCAUCACUGUCAACGGCUCAGAGUUCCAGGAAAUGUUUGUUGGCGUGGGUGCAGCAAGGAUAAGGGAUACGUUUGCCACUGCUCGAAAAAAUGCCCCGUGCAUCCUUUUCAUCGAUGAGAUUGAUGCCGUGGGCAGGAAGAGAGGCAGAGGGAACUUUGGCAGCCAGAGCGAGCAGGAAAACACCCUCAAUCAGCUGCUUGUAGAAAUGGACGGAUUCAACAGUAGCACUAACGUGGUGGUUUUGGCCGGCACCAAUCGAGCUGAUAUCCUGGAUCCAGCUCUGAUGAGGCCCGGACGCUUCGACAGACACAUAUACAUAGGCCCGCCGGAUAUUAAAGGCAGGGCGUCCAUCUUUAAGGUGCAUUUAAGACCUCUGAAGUUGGACUCCUGUAUAGAAGUAGAGGCUUUAGCCAGAAAGCUGGCUGCACUAACUCCAGGUUUUACUGGGGCUGAUAUCGCUAAUGUGUGUAACGAAGCAGCUCUGAUAGCUGCGCGUCACCUCGACCAACAUAUCAGCACUAAGCACUUUGAGCAGGCAGUUGAGAGAGUUAUUGGAGGUCUGGAGAAGAAGACUCAGGUAUUGCAGCUUCCAGAGAAGACUACUGUAGCGUAUCAUGAGGCCGGACAUGCCGUGGUGGGCUGGUUCCUAGAACAUGCAGACCCCCUACUUAAGGUGUCGAUUAUUCCCAGAGGGAAAGGUUUGGGUUAUGCUCAGUAUCUGCCUAAGGAACAGCAUCUAUUCACCCAGGAGCAGCUGUUUGACAGAAUGUGCAUGAUGCUCGGAGGUCGAGUGGCUGAGCAAGUUUUCUUUCAACGAAUCACCACUGGGGCGCAGGACGACCUCAGGAAAGUCACACAGUCGGCUUAUGCACAGGUUGUACAGUUUGGAAUGAAUGAGGCGGUGGGUCAGAUGUCCUUUGACCUCCCUCAGCAGGGUGUCGUAGUGACAGAGAAGCCCUACAGUGAACCCACUGCCCAGCUUAUAGACCAAGAGGUGCGCCUGCUAAUAGAUGCAGCCUUCCAGCGAACACUUCUGCUCAUCAAUGAAAAGAAAGAAAUAGUGGAGAAGGUGGCUAAACGUCUGCUGGAAAAAGAGAUUCUAGACAAGGCCGACAUGGUGGAGCUGCUUGGAACUCGUCCCUUCCGCGAGAAGUCUUCAUACGAGGACUUUGUCGAAGGUCUGGGGGAUUCUGAGGAGGAUACCUCUCUGCCCAAAGGCCUAAAGGACUGGAACAAGAACAAAGGGGAUGAACAGCACUUGCAGGGCAGGCAAAAGAAGUCAGCCGUUUAUCUGUAGGCGGACUCGCAGCCUCGACGCAAAUAUUCCUCUGGAUUAAGGUGAAUAUUUCUCAAGUGCAGCAACAUCUGGUUCAGACGGUGGAAAAUACAAAUCCACAGACGGCUGCAAAGAGUAUGAGGAUGUGUUGCACAGGUCUUGAACGGCCAGAUUAUCUGGGUCUUUUUCCUAUUGUAGGUUUUUUUUUUUUUAAUAUUCGAGCAGGAAUUCCAAACAAUGACUCAUCGUUUUAGCGUUCUGGCAAUUGAAAGUCAGUACGUUAUAAGGCUUCUGUGAAGAGUCUGAGGCUUAUGUUCACUGGAGGUGCCUUCUACACCCUUCCUCCAACACUCUGAUGAAGUCCUGCAUAAUAAUCCUAAACCAUAGUCUGGAAACGUAUUGAGCUCAAGUUACAAAAAAUACAGAAUACAGAAAAAACCUCUUGUGACAUGUACGUUAGCUGUGGUAUGUAUUGGUCAGUUACACAUUGUGCUGGUAGUACCAUUUGAUGGUGUCAUAUGAUUUGGAUUUUAUUCAGAGGAGGUUCAUUGCCCUUAAAAAGAUGCUUCCUCUUUAGGCUGUGGUCAAGAUGUCCAGAAAUCUAUGAGCCUAAUAAGAAUUUCUCUGCAGUCUCAACCACCAGAAAAAUAUUUAAAGUUACUUCCUUGAGUCAGAAACUAACUUUCUUCUCUUGUUCCUCAAAUUUCAAAGGUGCUCUGACUGUACUUUCUUCACACCAUACAAUGAAGGCAUUCAGGGACAUUGUGUCUCGACCUCAGUACAUUUCCACAUUUCCACCCUGUUCUAGUCCUCCAGCAGACAUCAAUGUUCAUCAACCUGUUUUUUGCUAAUAUAAUCAGUAAAGGCAGCUGUUACAACUCAGUGUUUGUACAUUUUGUAACUUUCUGACUGUUAUCACAAUUAUUAAUGGAUCACAUGUACUGUAGGAUGUUUUCUCCUCCUCGGUGUCCCGAACUAAUGAGUCAGCACCGGUGUAGACGUCCAUCGUCUCAGGUGGAAAGUUACUGUAGAACUGGGAACAAACGGAGCUGAGAAGGACUCAAAUAUAAGCUAACAGACACCACACACUGCUGAGAUGUUUGCUCUAAAACAGAUUUUUAACUCUUCGCUCACACACACACACACACACUACCUCACAGCCUCUGUAUUCAUAACUGCCUCUCAGAUUGACACGAUCCUCCAUACAACUCUGAUUGCAAUACUCACACUGACUACAGACUGGUUUUGUUAUUAAUGAACUGACUCCCAGAUGCUCUCUGUGCUUUGCAGUUCCUUUUGAUAACACAAAUGAAUAAGGGCUCUAUGGUAAUUGAAAAUGAAUAGGCUCUUUACUGCGGAUGGAUUAGGUCCUUCUUCCGCCAACAUCAAAUAAUGCCUUCAUGUAAAUGUGGCUUAUGUGUGAAUGUAUUCUGUGACUGGGAGCCAGGCAGGUUAAACUAGAUAACUGGUUAAUGUAGCAAUCUCAUCUCAUAUAUUUGAGAACCACUCCAGCAAGGGUUGAUUAGACACUGUCAUUAUAACUUUGAUGGUGUCUUAAUGGUUAAGCCAGAGGCUCCUGAACUAAGUAAACAUGUUUAAUAUAAAGAUUUACUUGAAAUAACACCUCGCAGUGUGAGUGGUGUGGGCCCUUGUUGAGACUGUUAAGACCAUUGUGACACUGAAAUUGUCCAUUAUUGGAAUCCAGAUGACACGAAAUAUUGUAAUCGAUGAGCCGCUGGUCGUUUAGCGAGAUGUUGUGUGUUUCGUGCCUGCUUGACAAUGCGCUAUUCUUUGUGUUUGCUUGAUGAAUAUUUCUUGUCAGUGAGGAUUAUUGAUUUUACACUGAGAUGUUAAGAUGAGUGAAAAGAAUAAUGGAAAAUCUAAAAAUGUGAGGUCUUUGAGCCUUACACCAAUAUUAAAUCAUUUUUAUACCCCA